UUCUAUUUGCCUACUGCCUGCACAUUUUCCCUUUACACAGUCGAAUAUUAUUCUGAUAGCUGGGCGCAACUCUCAUUGUGCCAGUGUCAAACGAUAAAUAAAAAAACGAAAGAGAGAUUUCACUUUUCAGUUUCUCCAUUUUGUUGCAUUAAUGGAGAACGGGAACAGUGUCUCCGGUGAUAAGCCGAUGGUGAUGGUGACCAACGAUGACGGAAUUGAUGCACCUGCUUUGAGAGCUAUUGUUCGUGCCCUCGUCUCCACCAAUCUCUUCCAUGUCCUCGUUUUUGCUCCUGACUCUGAAAGAUCAGCUGCUAGUCAUUGUGUUUCAUGGCAACGCGUGGUUACGGUUAAGAAAGUUGAUGUCCCUGGCGCCACAGCUUUUGCAGUUUCUGGAACUCCAGCAGACUCAACUUCCCUAGGGAUCUCCAAAAAGAUAUUUCCUUCAGUACCUAAUCUGGUUGUCAGUGGAAUUAAUUUAGGCUGCAAUUGUGGUUAUGACAUUGUUUAUUCAGGGACAGUGGGUGGUGCACGAGAGGCUUUCUUCCAUGGAAUUCCUUCCGUCGCUGUAUCAUAUGACUGCUAUAAUAUGGUUGGUCGAAAACUCGAUGUUGAUGAUUUUACAUUGUGUGCUGAAGCUUCCAUACCCAUCAUCACUGCUAUGAUGGCUGAGAUCAAGAAUAAGACUUAUCCUCAGAAUUGCUUUCUGAAUAUAAAUGUACCACGAGAAGUUGCCAACAACAAGGGCUAUCGGCUGACUAAGCAGGGGAAAUGUUUUUACAAAAUGGGAUGGACACAAGUUACUUCUGAAGCACAAGAAGGUACAACAUCACAAACAAAAGUAAUGGAGAUAAAACCACCAGAAAAUACAGAAGUAUGUACAGAAGAGAGCGCAUUAAGCACCAAAGAAGAACAUCUAAUGUUUAAGUUAGACACUGCGGAAUCACCAGCAGUGGAUAAUGACGAUACUGAUUACUCAUCCCUUCAAGCAGGAUAUAUUAGUGUUACUCCCCUUUCCGCCUUAUCUCCUGCGGAGGUAGAUAGUGUUGCAUUCUACAAAAAAUGGCUUCCUGGUGUCUGCGAGCACUCUUUGAUUAGGAGUGAGUUAUCCAUUUGACUACUGACUGUACUUUCUGUUCGAAGAUUAAUGCUUUAAAUGUACUUUCUGUUCGAAGAUUAAUGCUUUAAAUGUAUCGACUAUAUCGUCAAAAAAUUUGAGCCAAAAUUUGAGCCAUCAUGAAGCAUAAAUUUAUUA